UCUAAUUUUGCAAUAAACAAAAUGGAAGAUGGCGGAGGGAGCACGGCAAAGUAUCUUUUCCGAUCGUGGACUUCGAAGGUACAAAUCAAGUCCACAGUUAAACGCAGUCAAAAAGAAUCAAGCCUCGGAAAGGAGUUCUUUGUCAGGUAGCUUCGAGGCACCAAAAUCUUAUGGCACAACGCGAAAUCAACUGCUACCGCAAUGCGACGUAAAAUUGAUUGGUCAUGUGCUGGAAACAACAGACACACUGCAAGGAUUGGCGAUAAAAUAUGGAGUAACGGUUGAGCAGUUGAGAAGAACAAAUAAGAUUUGGGCAAAUGACAAUAUACACUUGUUUAAAAUUCUGAAAAUUCCAGUCAAGAAAGAUUCACCACGCUAUUUGGAAGAACUGGAGGUUUCUGAAGAUGGUACAGAAGAUAGUGGACCAGGUAUUAAUGAUGACAGAACUAUCAAUAAUGGCGUGAAUAGUAGCAAAGGAAAGCAAUGUGGAGCAGCGUGUGAUGGCUCUUUAGAUCAAUCAAAAGAACGAACAUCAGAGGAACAGCACAUUAAAACUGCUUUAAGUUUUCUAGAACAGCUGGAUGCAAGAAUUAAAAGUUCCAAAAAAGAAUCUGAAAAACUAAGGACUGUUUCUGGACCCAAAGUUAUAGCAGACAUGGAAAAAUCAAGUGGCAGUUAUGUUGCAGAAGAUGACUUGUUUCGACCACUGGAAACAGGAUCAUCAAGACGGCAAAGAGGACAGAUACUCGCUUCAAAGAGACAUGUGAAACGAGACAAGACUGCCAUCCAGCAUGAUGACGAUCAGUUCUUUGAGCUCUGAUUGUAUGGGGUGUCACUGAAAUAUGAUUUUGAUGAUGGUGUAGUGUUCUAUGCCAGCUGAAAAAUGCCGAGCUCUUUUUGAGAGCUUAACACCCUAAUAUGGAUUAAAUUUCUACAUGGUUCACAGGUACUUAAUGGUGACAAAAUUUCAGGAAUUUUGAACAUAAACUCAAAGGAAUAAUAUUGGACCAAAUUGUUAUUUAAAUCCCUUUCAGAUUCUCAAGUUGCUCUACAAAAAAUGUUUCUUAGCCAUAUUCUCUAAUAUUAAAUAAUAAAUCACUAAAAUUUAGGAACUUUUUGGCUUUAGCUAAUGACAAAAUAGAAAAAAUACAGUUGAAACCUGCAAUUUUGAACCUCCACUAUUUUGAACCCUAUUUUGAACCCUCAGGGGAAAUGAAAAAUAGUGGGAGUCCAAAAUAGCCGAUAGUAUGACUGAUGGGCAAUUCCAAGGCAAAUGGUGUUGAGUUGAAAAUAAUGGGGAAAUUGAAAAUUAUGGUCAAGUUAGAAUUGGUGGGUCCAACUGUACAUAGAUAGGUUUUAGCAUGAGGAAGUAAGCUGUUACUUGCUCCUUUUACUCUUGCCACCGGCCACAAAACAGGUCUUGCAGCUUUACUAAAUUCAGUGACUCUAAAUGUUCCAAUGCAUGUUUACCUCAGUUAAAUAUUCAACUUUUUUGCCAAACUUUGCAGGUAGAUUGUACUUAUAUCUGCAGGGGUUUCAUUGACUGGCUGGGAGCACGAUUUUGCCGGCCUGAUUUGACAAUCUCGAGAAAAGUUAUAGUUCAAAAAUUGUUGCCUCCCUGUGAAAACAUUAAUGAAACCCCUGAUUCUGUAAACAUUCUUUUCUAAUUGUUUCUUGUUUCAGUGUUGAUUAUCUCAUACUGUCAAAUCCUGGGUGUAACUCGCUCCACCCCCCACAUCAAUGCCCCCUGCUCUUGAUCAUCUCUCCGCUAUUACCAAAAAAUUCUACUUACGAGUCCCCUCUCUCCCAUUCAGGAUGUAAACUCUCCCGGUUAUACAUCUAACCCCAUCCAAAAACCCCUUUCGAAGUUGUAUGAGCCCACUGGGCUGUUAUCGCUAGAUUUUACAGUAUGCCUUUGAGCAAUUGAUGACUUGGCCAGAUAAAUAAUGAUCAUUGUAGACAGCUGCUGUAGAUGUCGGCAGCCUGCUCUCGGAAGAAAGAUAGGAAAGAUGGUUAUAGCAUUGUUUGAUUCUAGGUGGCAGUGGUAGAAUAACUGGACUGGACUCCAGAACAUUGACUUAUGCUCACACCCUUUAAAACAGAAUGAACAGUGAAUUUUUGUUAAUAGUGAGUGUGUAUAACAAUGCUAGGAAGUAAAUACUUAACUUCCUUGAAUGCCAUCAAUUUUAAUAUAUUUUUACAUGAAUAAAUAGGUGGAAUUCACCAGAUGAAAGUAUACUGUAUUUAGCUAUUUUUAUAUUGUUAUGUCAUGUAAUUGUGUAAAUCUGGCCAAGUGAAGGAACUCGACAGCUAUUAAUGAUAUUUAAUAAAGAAACCAACACCUUAAAUUGCAUUGCUAUAGUAUAACAUUAUUGGUAUAUGAGCACAUUAUUGAUUAGAACCAUUUGGACUUUCUGCACACAGUGACUGGUUCAUUAUUUUUUUGGGUUAUAUCAUGCUGUAGUUAACUUUUUUAAAAUGUGAUUAAUUCUUGAUCUGAGCUAUUUCACCUAUAUGUGGUUCAUUUCUUCUAGUUAUUUGACUUUAGUAAUUACCACAUAUGGUUGAAAUAAAAUAAAAUUAACAUUGACAUCAACAUUUAUAAAACUAUGAUGAAGCAACUAUUAACCCAUCGGAGAAACCUUGAGAAGAAAACAAUUUCACUAUUUUGUUUCUUCUCAUACUCUCAGAUGCUUCCAUCACUUUCUUAAUGUAUGCCAGUAUGAUACUUUUACUAUAUUUUGUACACUAUAACUGCAUGUUCUCUCAGCCAAUCAGAACAUGCAUAACUACCACGGUAACUUAAAGUUUGACACAACGUUUGCACACAAUCAUCUGCAAGGAUUUAUUUUGUACCAUAAUAAUAUUAUGAUUAAUAUAUAGUCAGAAAAAAUAAUUUAUGGACAAUCGAUUGCAAUCACUGGUUUGAGAAAGUAAUUUUUCUUUUUUGUCUUCAGUGAGGUAUCUUUGAGAUCGUUUUAUCUUUAGUAGUGAAAUUUGUAACUGUUUUGGUUGGAUGAUGUGAUAAAUCAAUGUUAUGAAUGGCUUUGUGUUACA